CUUGGGAGCUUGACCCGGUGGAGAUGUGGUGGAGAGAUCGUCAGCCAUAUCUUGCAUCCCGAGGGUAUAUGUUACGUCCCCGAUAUCGUGCAGGAUGGAAACCUUCCUGGAUUGGUACCAAUGUUGACCCAGAAUUCUGUGAAGAUGCUAUCGAUCAGAUGCUCCCUCAGAUUCUGGAUGCAACUCGUCCAGACGGAACUGUAGUUGCGCUCAAACAUACAAAGCGCACCACGCAGGAAAUUGCUAUAGCUCGGUUCUUAUGCUCCGAGAGAUUUAAAGGAGAUCCGCGAAACCACUGUGCCCCUGUUUUAGACGUAUUUCCUGAUCCUGUGGAUCCUACGAUGGUGUUCUUUGCCAUGCCCUUGUUGCGCCCUUUCGAUGACCCAGAAUUCGGUGCCUUCGGCGAGGUGCUCGAUUUCAUAGGGCAAACCCUUGAGGGUAUUGCAUUCAUGCACAGCUUAAAUGUCGCGCAUCGCGAUUGCGCGGGUCCCAAUAUCAUGAUGGAUGCCCGUCCCCUCUAUCCGGAAGGAUGGCAUCCCGUCCGACGUGAUCUCUCUCCUGAUGCUAUCCACCAAGUGAAGCCUCUUCAGCGGGUCGACGCUCCAGUACGCUAUUAUUUUGUGGACUUCGGGCUAUCCACCCGUUUGGACAGCGAGAGAAAGCUUGUAGUAGGUGGGAAGGGGCGGGACCAGGAUGUCCCCGAACUAUCCUGGACCACUCCCUACGAUCCCUUCAAGGUAGAUAUUUUCACUCUAGGGCACCUAUAUCAGGCAGCAUUUUACGAGAAGUUUCACGGAAUGGAGUGCCUUCUUCCUCUCAUACAGGCUAUGAUGGCCCAGGAUCCCGGCCAGCGCCCCACCGCUGAAGCUUCGAUAAACAUAUUCACCACCUUGCGUGCAAAUAUCAAUCCUUCUGCACUGAGAAUGAAGUUGCGACGACAAGAUGAAACUAUUUCAGAACGGAUUAUAAAAUGGUUCGCGGGAUAAUAAGCCAGAGCGCCGCGUGAUGCAGAGCUUUGGCUACUUUCCGGCAACCUUGGGCAGGUUAUCGACUUCGCUGGUAGAUGGUCGGGUCAAGCCCAACCGUCGACAUAGGCGCCGUAUGCAGCGUGCGCUAUACGCCCAUGGACGAUACCGGCCCAUAAGCGCUGUAUUCGAAUGCAGCGGAACGACACUAUGCAAACAGCAUACGCAACAAGCGAAAACAGGCGGGCCUUAGUCAUUACGAUUGACAUCGAUCUAUCUGUCUUCCGGAGUGGGCAGUGGCCCUUCUCGCUACAGGCAACCUUUACGACAAACAGCGUGGGACAAGGGGUGUAAUGGCCAGACGUUGGUCGGAUUAGAAGGUAUGGCAUAUACACUGUGCAGGGAAGAACCUGGGCGGGGAUGGAAAUCGUGUCGAGCCAUUCGUUCUACUUCUUAAUGUCUCGCCGUACCAGUAUAUCUGCGUAUUGAAGAAUAGUGAACUGCACCAUUGCUCAACCUUACUAACCC